AUGGCUUACUUGAGAAUCAGCAUUCUAGUAUUGUCCCUUGUCUCUCUGUCAUUUGCCUUCUCUGAAGCCAAAGAAGUUAUCGUUGGAGAAAAAUAUAUUUCUUGGAACGUUGACUCUUCCAAGACCCUGAAUGAAUGGGUCCAGAAAAAACGUUUCAGAGUUGGCGAUCAACUCAAAUGGAAAUCGGACAAGGACAGUGACUCUGUGCUGCAAGUGACAAAGGAAGACUACGAGAGCUGCGAGACAUCGAAGCCAAUCAAAGCAAAUGUGACGGAGAUCACGUUGGACCGGGCAGGGCCAUUCUACUUCAUCAGUGGGGUUAAGGAGCAUUGUGACAAAGGCCUCAAGCUCGUUGUGAUUGCUAAGCCUCCCAUACGUGUGUCUCCCUCACCAUCUCCGGCUACCCCUGCAGGGCCAGCUGCAUCACCAUCCGCUAAUGCUGCAGCGGGUCCUGGGUUCAGUUUGAGUAAUGGAAUUUUGGGCUUUGCAAUUGGGCUAGUUGGGAUUGCUCUGAUUUGA